AGUGGGGGGGGCCACGCUGAGCCCGCCCCGCUCGUGACACAGGUGGCUGAGUCCGCGCGGAGGGACCGACCGAUCCGGGGGGCUCGGAGCGGGUUUUGGGGGGGCUGCCGCGUGCCUUGACUCCCCCUUUCCCCCUCCUCCAGACCCCCGGCGCGCCGAGGAUGAUCGGGGGGGACCCAAGAGCCCCCCAAGAGCCCAGGGGCGCUGGGAGCUGAGCUGGGGGGUCCCCUCGCCCCCCCCCCUCCAAGAUGUCCUACUUCACCGAGCACUUCUGGGGCGAGAAGAACCACGGCUUCGACGUGCUCUACCACAACAUGAAGCACGGGCAGAUCUCCACCAAGGAGCUGGCUGACUUCGUCCGGGAGAGGGCCGCCAUCGAGGAGAACUACGCCAAGGCCAUGGUGAAGCUGUCGAAGAUGGCCACCAACGGGACCCAGCUGGGGACUUUCGCGCCGCUGUGGGAGGUUUUCCGCAUCUCCUCGGACAAGCUGGCCCUGUGCCACCUGGAGCUGAUGAAGAAGCUGCACGACCUCAUCAAGGAGAUCUCCCGCUACGGGGAGGAGCAAGGCCGGGUGCACAAGAAGUCCAAGGAGGAGGUGUCGGGGACGCUGGAGGCCGUGCAGCUCCUGCAUGGGGUGGCCCAGCUGCUGCCCAAGUCCAAGGAGAGCUACCACAGCAAGUGCCAGGAGUACGAGCGGCUGCGCAAGGAGGGCACCAGCCAGAAGGAGAUCGACAAGGCGGAGCUCAAGUCCCGGAAGGCGGGUGAGGCUCUGCGCAGGGCGGUCGACAAGUACAACGCGGCCCGGGCUGACUUUGAGCAGAGGAUGCUGGACUCGGCCAUGCGCUUCCAGGAGGUGGAAGAAGCCCAUCUCCGCCACAUGAAGGGUCUCAUCGGCUCCUACUCCCACUCCGUGGAGGACACGCACGUCCAGAUCGGGCAGGUCCACGAGGAAUUCAAGCAAAACGUGGAGAACAUCGGCACCGAGAUGCUGCUCCGGAGGUUUGCGGAGAGCAAGGGAACGGGGAGAGAGCGGCCAGGAGCGCUGGAUUUCGACGAGUACCGACUGGCUCCAGCGCAGGAAGGACCCAAGAGGAGCCGGAGUAAAGCUUUCCGGAUCCCCGGGCUGAGCCGUAAGGAGAGGGAGCGUGAUGCUGUGGAAUCCCCCGAUAACGACGUGGGCUGCCCGGAGGUGGACGAGGACGGAUUCACGGUGCGCCCCGACAUCGCCCGCACCGAGGCGGAGAAUCCCGGCUGCUCCUCCAGCGACUCCGACUACGACGAGGACGAACCGCGCAAGUUUUACGUCCACAUCAAACCGGUGCAGCCCCGGGAGGGACCCGGCAACGCCGAGGCCUCCGUGGAGCAGCUCAAGGCCACCGUGGGGAACCUCAUCCUUCCCCCCGGAAUUGGGGGCACCGUCAGGCGACAGUCGUCACGACACGUGGCAUCCCUGACCCCAGCCCCGAGUGACACGGACCCCGAGGGGACGCUGGCGGCGGGUGACAGCACAGGGAGGGGUCUCCCCGCAGCACAGGUGAACAGGUACGUGGGGUCAAGGAGACAUUGGG